AUGCAUUUUAACAGUUUACGAAUACAGCAACUACUCGAUGUCAAAAAAUCUCGCAUCGAUGACGAAGAGCUGAGUUCAGCAAAAGCUAAACAACAGGCAGAAACACCACCUGACGUACCACACCACUUCCAGCAGGAGAAAAAAACAAAACGUACAAAUGAUAACAUCAGAAGUGCGGCCGUGCGGCCGCGGCCGGUGAGCUCUGAGGAACGGCCUGGUUUUCAUAUGGUAACGAAUAGCUUUCGACAUGCAGAAGAAUGUGCUGAUUUAGAUAUGUUCUGCGAAGACGAAGAAAUUACCUCCUAA